UCGGGCAAGAAAACAAAUCUGACUGCUUUAAAAAACCAGUUUCUGGUGGUAGGCCCACGAAGGGGUAGAGGUGUGGGGAAAGUGAAGAACUUUCAUCCAAAUGAGUCUACAAAAGGUGCAAGUGCUUCUCCCGAUGAGAAUGAAGAGCAGCUCGAUUGUGCACCAGACUUGAAUGUUUCAGUCAAAGGGACGGUUGAUUCCGAGAGCACGAAACUUCUCUCUUUAGCAUCAGCCCAGAAGUUGAAAGAGAAGUCUGUACCACUCCCCUACAAAGAACCAACCUGGAGUGGUAUACCGGAAGCAGAUUAUGGCCUUGAAGUUCUAAAAGAUGGAAGGAUUAUAGAAAGAAUUGAACUAUCUCGCAAGCCAUUCUAUGUUAUUGGCCGCUUGUCGACAUGUGACAUACAAAUGACUCACCCAACAAUAUCGCGAGAUGAUCAGAACUCCUCCGGAUUUUACGUGUAUGAUUUGGGUAGCACACACGGCACUUUUCUAAACAAGUACAAAAUUAAACCAAAUAUUCACGUGAGGAUUCAGGUUGGUCAUCUGCUGAAAUUUGGCAACAGUACUAGGAUGUUUAUUCUUCAGGGACCAGAUACGGAUCAAGAGCAAGAAUCAGAGUUAACUGUGACAGAACUGCGAGAAAAGCGGAGAAUGGAACAGGAGGAACGAGACAAAGAGGAAUAUAUGCGUGAAAUGGAGGAGAAAAAACGCAAGGAACGUGAGGAAGAAGAAGGCAUUGACUGGGGCAUGGGUGAGGAUGCAGAUGAAGAAACAGAUCUUUCUCAAAACCCUUAUGCUGCUGCACCAAAUGAAGAUCUGUAUAUUGAUGAUCCUAAGAAGACCUUACGUGGAUGGUUUGAAAGAGAAGGAUAUGACUUGGAGUACAAUGUGGAAGAGAAAGGGUUUGGGCAGUUCCUGUGCACAGUGGAGCUUCCAAUUGGGAACGGAAUGAUUGCUGAGGCUCUUGUGAAGGGUAAAAAGAAAGAGGUUGUGGUGCAGUGUGCUCUCGAAGCUUGUCGUGUUUUGGAUCCCUUCGGAAUGUUACGCCAAGCUACUCACGCUCAAGAAGUACAAUGAAGUUCAGCAACAGAUAAAAGAAAUGGAAAAACAGUACAUCAUAGCAGCGCAGAAACUUUCUCGUAAUAGUGGUGAUUCCGUGGAUGAUGAUGAUGAUGAUGAUGAUGAUAAUGAAGAUGCUCUGGAUGCAUACAUGACACAGUUGUCAUCUGGUAUUGUUGAUAAAAAAGCUGUGUCCAAUUUGAAAAUUCAAUUACAGUCACUCAGGAGUGACUUGUCCCUAGUGAAGAGCUAUCAAAACUGCAGACUAGCAACAGAGUUGCAUUAGUUGCCGCAGUCAAAAGAAAAGUAAAGGACGAACAGAUGAGCAAGGUGUCCCAUAAAAUAAUACCAGAUGUUGAUUCAAAGUUGGAAGGUGUAGAAGAACAGGAAGAGGAAGAGGAUGAAGAGGAAGAGCAAGAACAGAAAGAAGCAGACAAAGAAGAACAAAAUAAUCGAAAGAGAAAUCAAGAUACAGGUGGAAAUCGUGACCAAAGAACAGUAAAACAAUCUGAACAGGAAGCUGUGUCAUUAAAUAGUCGUGGGGAGAAAAGAGAACAGCUUCACACAGAAAAGAAACCAUGUACUCUAGAUGACAACAGUGUUAUUGGUAAUGAUAAUGUAGUUCAUUUCCUGUAGUAUAGUGUAAAGUUGUAAAAUGAAAGACUGUAAGAAGAAAUAGAAUCUUUAUAGUGACUGAAAUUCUUGAUUAUUUUUCAAUCGUUCGUCAAAGAUAAUUGGUCCCUCGUUGCCACCCAGUGUGAACUUAAAUGAGAGAAAAGAAGUAGUUGUAAAUAAAAAUAAGAAGAGGUCGAGGCAGAAAGAGCCUAAGAAUGUGAAGGGAAAAUGGCACAGAAAAUGGACUAUGAUUACGAUGAAUCCAACCCAGAUUAUUCAGUUUGGGUUCCCCCAGAAGGCCAGACAGGUGAUGGUCGUACAAAGCUCAAUGAAAAGUAUGGGUACUAGAUUGAUUCCUGCCAUGAGUGAAAAGUUAUCAAAACGUGCACAGUUUUCCUCCCAAUGUAUAUGCACUUCAAAGUACGCUGUGAUAGUGCAUGUGUUACCUGUUGACAUACCUUGUUUGUGAUUCUGGAGCAGUUAUUUUCCCUUUCACAGAUAGAUAAUAAUUUGACAGUCUUCCUUUACUUGUAAUGAAGAAAUAAAUAAAGCAAGGGAAAGGUAAACAGCA